AUGGCUUCCCCAGAUAUUGACCGCUACACCGUGAUACUAGAUGACGGAGAGACAUGUGCCACAUUUUACCCUGUUUUCAAUGCUGACGAGAUUCCACGAGACCUAUUCGAGUUUUUAUGCAAUGAGAUAAACAUGGAAAUUGACAAGGGCGAGACACUUCCGUUCUUUGACUCGUUGACCGAGGCGGAAUUCGAGGACUACUGGUUUGGCGGCUCCUUUGCAGUGUUUAUGGUCAUAGGUGAUGAUGACUGUCUUGUAAGCGGACGCCAAUGGGAGCGAGAGUGGUUGGGUAGUUUCUUCUUGUCACCAAAAUACCCAAAGCGAAGUGGACACAUUUGCACGGGCAAUAUGCUUGUGAACGCAGGGAUUCGAGGGAAGGGGAUUGGCAAGAUUUUGAUGGAGUGUAUGUUGCGAUGGGCACCCCUCUUAGGUUAUACCUACGCCUUUUUCGACUUGGUGUACGCGACCAACUUAUCUGCCACUCGAUUGUUUGAAGCGUUUGACUUCAAGCAGAUUGGCAAAAUUGCCAACGCCGGGGUUGUCAAAAAUAGUGCCCUCCCCAUUGAUGCGUACUUUUAUGGCCGGGGUAUCCUGAUCAAUGAAGCUAAACUAGACCCCAACAAAGUGCCAUCGCGAUUUGAAAAGUUACGCUACUAUCUUCAAACUGGCAAGUACCCUGAAAAUUCUGGACGGUUGGAGAAGCUGAGAAUACGAGCGAGUGUACUGAACUACUCGCUUGUUGGGGGAGCACUUUUGUUCAAAGGUCGCGAGGUGAUCGAAGAUCCAAUACGUCAAAUUGACCUAAUAACUGAAUGUCAUCUUGCAAACGACCACUCAGGGAUCAAUAAAACCACUAUGAUUAUUGCUGAGCGAUAUCACUGGCUUAAGAUUAAGCUGACGGUGGCGAAGACACUUCGAUCGUGUCAAGUGUGCAAGUAUAACCCAAGUCGUUCUCAUGGAUUGACCGGCGACUCACCAGCAUCUACAGUAGUUGAUGGCUCUGAUUCCGAAGGUAAUGAUUAG